AUGACGGAAAGGGAGUUCUUACUUCUACCAAAGCGCUGUCAUAAACGUUUAAAAAUUUUGAGAAAGGUUUGGUUUUUUAAAAACGACAAAUAUGUAUGGCUUGUGGACUUAAAAAAAUAUACAGCAUUUAUGGUGGAACAUUUCACCUUAAUGUUGAUUUGGUGUUCAAAGACUACACCAUGUUGGGUGGAAAUUAAGUUGCAGAUCCUCUUAAUAUGCAAGCGCGCACAGCACACCCUCUCAGCCGCUGGAAUGCGACUAGUAUUUGUGAAAGGAAAAGGCAUGCAAGAAUCAAAGGGCAGUUUGACUAACAAUCAUCCAUUUAAAUCAAAGGUGUUCGGGAAGAAUUCGAUUUCGAUACGUCAUGUGCAUUUGAGUGAUUCAAUCACCAUUUCAUUUGGUCAGAGUCAUUUAUCCAUUGCUAACUUGAUUCUUGACAAUUUUAGUUUCUUUGGAAAAAAGCUACUUGAUGAUACACCACUUUUGUAUUUCAAUGGCAACUAA